AGAAGAGAUCCUAAAUGGGUGUUGUUACUAUUCCUGAGUCGAAGCAAAGUGUAUCCGGGAAAAGAGCCUUUCGUCCAAGUUCAAGUAUCAGACACACUCCUCCUCAAUGGUUCCCUACUCAGUCUCAUCUCAUCUCCUUUCUUUCUUGCGCAUCAAUUUUAAUCUUUUGCUUUCAAAAUUUCACCCUUUCCUUGUCUCCCCUGCUUCUAAUUUCUAGGCCGGUCUCGGACGUUACGAGUGACUUAACCAUCGAAGUAGGCUCUGCCAGCUUUUCUCUCCACAAGUUUCCUCUCGUCUCUCGGAGUGGAAGAAUCCGGAAACUUGUCCUGGAAUCAAAAGACACGAACCUGAACCUACCAACUGUCCCCGGCGGGUCAGAAUCGUUCGAACUCGCAGCAAAGUUCUGCUACGGCGUUGGCGUUCAGUUCAACUCGUCGAACAUCGCAGCGUUGCGAUGCGUUGCUCAUUACCUAGAGAUGAACGAAGAUUUGUCGGACAAGAACCUGGAGGCGAGAACAGAGGCCUACCUUAAAGACUCCAUUUUUAACGACAUUUCGAAUUCGAUAAGUGCUCUUCACUCCUGCGAGAGGCUGCUCCCUGUAGCUGAAGAGAUCAACCUCGUCGGGAGGCUCGUGAACGCAAUCGCUGUAAACGCUUGCAAAGAACAGCUAGCCUCUGGUUUGCUCAAGCUUGAUCAGAAGUUCGGUGGAUGCGCCGUGAGAUUGCCGGAGACGGAGACGGAGAAGCCGUGUGAUUGGUGGGGACGCUCUCUGCCAAUCCUCAAGCUCGACUUCUUCCAGAGAGUUGUCUCCGCCAUGAAAUCCAAAGGUCUCAAUCAGGAUAUUAUCAGUGAGAUCCUUAUGAGUUACGCUCGCAAAUCACUGCAAAUCAUCAGAGAACCUAAUCUCGUCAAAUCAGACUCCGAUCUGCAGAGGAAACAGCGAAUCGUCCUGGAAGCUGUCGUGGGGCUCCUCCCUACGCAGGCCAACAAAGGCUCCAUCCCUAUCUCCUUCCUCUCCAGCCUCUUGAAGACUGCUAUAGGAUCUGGAACCUCCGUCUCUUGCAGAUCGGAUCUGGAGCGACGGAUCAGCCACCAGCUCGACCAGGCCAUCCUUGAGGACAUCCUCAUUCCGGCCAACAUUGGCGCCAUGUACGACACCGAUUCAGUGCAGCGAAUCUUCUCCUUGUUCCUGAAUCUUGAUGAGUGCGACUACAGAGACGACGAGGACGACCGUGGAAACGUGGUGGACGAGAGCGAGAUGGCCAUGUACGAUUUCGACGGGCCAGAGUCCCCGAAACAGAGCUCCAUCUUCAAGGUGUCGAAGCUGAUGGACAGUUAUCUCGCUGAGGUGGCUCUCGACUCGAGCCUCCCUCCCUCGAAGUUCAUAGCUCUCGCAGAGCUUCUCCCUGACCAUGCUCGCGCCGUCUGCGAUGGCCUCUACCGAGCCGUUGACAUCUUCCUCAAGGUUCAUCCCCACAUGAAAGAUUCAGAGCGGUACCGUCUCUGCAAGACAAUCAGCUGUCAGAGACUGUCGCAGGAGGCAAGCAGCCACGCGGCUCAAAAUGAGAGGCUUCCUGUUCAGAUUGCGGUUCAAGUCUUGUUCUACGAACAGACGCGGCUCAAGAACGCCAUGACCAGCGGUGGCACAGGGGGUUCGAGCCAAAGCCAGUUCUUCUUGCUUCAAAACCGCUCGGGAAGCGGGAUGGCAAGCGGAGCGAUCUCGCCACGGGACAACUACGCGUCAGUGAGAAGAGAGAACAGAGAGCUGAGACUGGAGGUGGCCAGGAUGAGGAUGAGGCUAACGGACCUGGAGAAGGAUCAUGUUUCGAUGAAGAGAGACUUGGUAAAGCCCAGCCGGAGAAGGCGCAGUUAUGGAAUGUUGAGGAAGCUCUCUAGAGGUCUGAACAAGUUGAACGCUAUGGUUUUAAGAUUCAGGAGCAGCCAAACUAGUGCUGGUAACGGUAAGCUUACGGAGGAGAAAACUAAUUCCGAAAGACGAUUCAUGUUUCAGAAGAGGAGAUGUCACUCUGUUUCUUGAUUUUUUAUUUUUUAGUUUCUAAAUAUUUGCUUUCUUUCUCUCUUUGUUUUUCUUUCUUUCUUGUUUGGGGUGUAAUCUUUCUUUUAAGCUGAAUUUGAAUGUGUAAAUUUGUAAUUUACAGAUUCUACUAGUUUUCGAAUUAGAGUCAAAUAAAUCUUCCGGAGUUUGGAAGCUUUGCUUGUA